UAGCCAUCUAACUAUGAGCAGGCUAGAUGCCCUUGGCUGAAAUGAUUAGGUCCCUUCAACCAAGGGAAUCUAACCACAACCUUUCCGUCUGGCGUGUUGGACUCAGUAGGUCUCCCCAGGGGUCGACAGUUGCCGUACCGGAAGUUCCUCCCCCUUGAUGUAUCCUAGUUUCCGGCGUUUUCCCCUGACUCGUUGAAGUACAACGGGUUACGUUGAAGGUACUAAAGGGGUAUUCUACCUUUUUACUACUGAGCUGUCCCGUAACAAAGACAAGAUUUUGAUACAGAGCAGGAAAUAUGGAAGAAAGAGGAACUCCAUGGCCAGACUGAACUUUGCACCAAAACAAAACAUCUAUGUGUUGCAACAGAACCUAGGUUAAAAAAUACAGUCAGAAGUUUAUUCAGCAAAAGUAUAGCAGGAGGAGAAAGCAGUUGCCAUGAGCAGUUUCACAUAGUCCUUGACUUUUUCAGACUUAUUGGUAUAUCAGCCAGUAGCUGUAUCAGCAGUGAAAAAAGUGUUCUGUACGCAAAGAAAUAUUAUACAGUAAUCAACAGACUUUGGUGGGGGGAAGGGUGACUUUAAGGUACUGGUUGGAUUACAAAAACCCUUUAUCAGGAUUCAGUUGACUCAUUCUGGCAUGGAUUUACUACUGUUGUUAAUUCGUAAGUAAAGAAAGGAAAUCUUUAGCUGAAGUUUUGCCUUAGGAACUUUGUUACUAGGGAACAGAAAAUAGCUGCACAGCUGCUACUGAACAGUAUUUGAAGUCAGGCAAAGUGCUGAGAUUCACAGCUGCAUAGAUCAGCAGGUGCAGUGGUGGAACAGCUAUGGCUUCUGAGCCUACCCAGCAGCCUGUGAACGAUGGGCCAAAUGACAGAGAGUCAAAACAUUGGAAAUUUUUGGUCUUUUACCUUUGUUUCUAUGGCUUUAUGUCCCAGAUUAAACCAGGAGAAAGUUUCAUCACACCCUAUCUUCUGGGACCUAAGAACUUCACUAAGCAGGAGGUAACCAAUGAGAUCACCCCUAUCCUUUCAUAUUCGUACAUGGCAGUGCUUGUGCCAGUAUUCCUGCUGACGGACUUUCUUCGCUAUAAGCCAAUUCUCAUCGUACAGAGCAUCAGUCAUGUUAUCAUCUGGCUUCUUCUCAUCUUCGGUACUAAUAUUAUUUCUAUGCAGUUCAUGGAGUUUUUCUAUGGAGUCACGAUGGCAGCCCGUGUGGCAUAUUCUUCCUACAUUUUUUCAUUGGUCAGUCCAGCUCGAUAUCAGCGGGUUGCCAGCUAUUCACGUAGCUCAGUACUGAUGGGAGUCUUUACUAGCUGUAUCCUUGGGCAGCUGUGCGUCAGUAUAGGAGGUGUGCCUUUCCUGACUCUGAACUAUAUCUCUUUGGGAUUUGUUAGUUUUGGACUAAUACUAGCAUUAUUCCUGCGAAGACCUAAGCGUAGCCUCUUUUUUAACCGCAUUUCUCCAGAAUGCAAUGGUGGCUUAUCUUCGGAGCUGAAAAAGAUGAACUUAGAUGAUGACAAGAUGAGGGAUAUACCUGCAUAUAAUUUAAAAAGUGGUGGAUGGAGGAAUUCUGCUUUUGUCCAAAUGUUAAAACAAUUGGUAAACUUUGUGAAGUUGCCACAGCUGCGGCUGUGGUCCCUGUGGUGGAUUUUUAAUUCUGCUGGAUACUACUUGAUUCUGUACUUUGUUCAGAUUUUGUGGCAUGAAGUGUACCCUGCAGGGCAGAGUCAGCAUGUUUACAAUGGAGGAGUAGACGCUGGUUCUACAUUGCUAGGUGCCAUUGCUGCAUUUGGUGCAGGAUAUAUAAAAAUCAACUGGAAACUAUGGGCACAUCUAAUGAUUGGUGUAAUAACUGCAUUGCAAGCUGGGCUUCUUUAUCUCAUGAACUCAACAAACAACAUCUGGCUGUGCUAUGCUUCAUAUAUUUUAUUUAGGAGUUCCUACCAGUUCCUGGUUCCAAUUGCCAUUUUCCAGAUUGCUGCCUCACUUACGAAAGAGUUGUGUGCACUGGUAUUUGGAAUUAACACAUUUCUUGCCACUGUGUUGAAAUCAAUCAUCACUCUUGUAGUAGCAGACAAGAGGGUUCUUGGACUUUCUGUGCACCCACAGUUCUAUGUUUACUUCACCUAUUUCACGAUCCUGGCAGUGGCAUACUUAGGUGCUGCAGUGUAUGUUUUGACAACACAUCACUGUAAACAAAGAAGAGAGGGGACAACUCAGAAUGAACUGUGGAACCAAGAGAAGGAAAUACCAAAGAAGAAUCUGACAUUUGAUGAAGAUGGUAUUAAAGCCUAAGAAAGAACAUGCAAAGUGUCUGAAUGACUGGCAAUGGACUUGCUAUUCUGACUGAUAUAAAUAUCCUCUGUUAUGCAGUAGAAGUAUUUUUGGUAACUCAUUAUGGUAUGUCUACCAUAGCACUUGGGAUCUUCCUCUGUUAAACAAAUUGAGGAAGGUGAAAACCUUAUGUAGGCUCAAAAUCUGUCAAGAUAUACACUGUAUGUUUUUUAAGUGCAAUCACUUAAAAAAACGCCUUGUAUAUGAAAUACAUGCUGAACCUGGGAAGGCUGAAACACAGUUAUAGUGGGAAAGCUUAAGUCUCAGUUGAGGUUCGGACUGGCAUCUUCAUCUAUUCAAGAUACAAGGCCACAGUUUAUGGAUUAGCUUGAAGGAGCAGUCAUUUUAAGACCCUUCAUUCUGCCAGGUGUAGUGAUCUUUGGAAGUUAACUGGUUUAACACUGCAGUUUUAUGUACAUUUCUUUAAAUGCCCCAUGUGAAUUUGUAGACAGUAACUGUUUUCUUUUCUUUUCCUUUCCUAACAGUUACAGUUAAAGGCUGCAUUAUGUUCAUUUCAGUUGUUUAUUGACUAAUAUGUCUAACGUUAUUACAUAAAAACGUCAUCAUUAGCCGUGCUUUUGUCACACUACCUUGAAUUCCUUUGUCAGACAAUAAGGUAGUGUGAGAAGUUAAACGUGAUUUGACUAAUGAACUUUACAUGAUCAUUAAAAUGAUGGCUCUGCAAGCUAAGAACAUUAUAGAGGCUAGUUCACACAAACUUCUGAUUCUUGCAAAAUAAUGUAAACUAUGUGUGAGACAAAGCACUUCUGAGAAAUAAAAUGAAUGUUACAAUCUC